GCGGCGCGGACGCGUUUGAAAAGACCGAGCGCGCCGCACCGCGACCGCGUCGCUUCCGUUACGAGCGCGGCUACCGCGCGUCUACAUUUGAAAUAACGAACUUGAGCGCGCAAAAGACGCGAUAUGUGAACUGCCCCUUCAGGGGCUAUCUGAAAAGCAUCAAAACUCUUGACAGGCCUACUCAAUUUACUCCAGACAGGUAAACAUACCAUCUUGUUACGUUUAGUUUGUAAUUCUACGCGCACCUUUCAAGUUCACGCAUUUAAAUGGGCCAGCAAAAUGUGUGUAACGAGUUAUUUUAUGACAGAACAGACACAGUGUGUAUUAAAAUCAAAUGAUUUUUGGUCAUUUUUAAUAUUAAUGUUAUAGGUUGAACAGCUGUUAUUGUGCAGUCCUGUUUUGCCCUGGACAUUAAAAAAGAAUAUCAAUUCGAUCACAUACGUGAUUAAUUACAUUAAAAUUUUAUGAUAACAUAUAAUUACAUGACUAAUGACGGCGUUUGUAACGAGCAAACAGCUUCCAUAUAAUCGCCAAAAAUCUGUCACUCACAAUGUUCCGUUAAAAUCAUUAAAUCUGAUUUACUAGAUUUGUUUUGCAUAACGUGGGGAGGCGUUUUAAUGUUGUCCUGCCUGUUUUUAGUUAAAUGCUCAUACUUUCCACUGGGGCUGUAACCAGAUAUUGUUCCUGCUGAUGAUUCAGAGCAUUCAGAGCGGCAUGCACGCAACGCACAGAGCUAAGGAAAGAUCUCACAACUUCAACACAACAUGAGCUACCUACAAAAAACUCAUUCGUUCUAAGAACUUCUUUUGCUGUCUGCACUUGGCUGUACAUAUUUUAAAACUUUAUGACUGUUCAACGAGACCAUUUGUACCUCAUUGCAAAGGAAUGUAAGUCUUUCCGUUUCUAAAGGUUUUAGUUUCCAAUUCGGGUUAGUGCUGUGCUGAGACUUGCCCAAAGGAUCUUUGUUCAAAUAGCUUUUCUGCAUGAAAACAGUCUUUGAAUUGAAUGUGUAUCUCCUAAUAUCUCUAAUUCGUACACAUGCAUCAUUUUUCGUGUGUACCUUUCUCUAGUUUUUAGAGUCUGUUUCUGCUUUUCUGUAUGAUGGUGUUUGAUAACAAAAACAGACUUUUCACUCUUCAGUUUUUGUCAGCGAUUUAAGAUUACAGAGACUAUCUGAAAGACUUUGUUUAAUCUGCAUUAAUUCACGUUGAGAAAAUCAGGACAAGAUGGCUGCACUCAUCUCAGAAAACUUUAAAUUUGUUUCGCUCUUCUUCAAGAGUAAAGAUGUCAUGAUCUUCAAUGGCCUUAUAGGUUUAGGGACAGUAGCCAGCCAGACAGCAUACAAUGUUUUUGCAUUUAACUGUCCGUGUGCACCAAAGAAGAAUUACAUGUAUGGCCUGGCAGCCAUUGGUGUACCAGCCUUGGCUUUCUUUGUCAUUGGGUUGAUGCUCAAUCGAAAUACCUGGGAUGUUGUGUCAGAGUGUCGGACCAGAAAAUGUCGGAAGUUAUCACUGUCUGCUGCUUUUGCUCUGUUGGGCUCCAUUAUGGGGAGAGCAAUUGUUGCCCCCAUUACUUGGUCAGUUAUUUCCCUCCUGAGAGGGGAGGCGUAUGUCUGUGCCUUAAGUGAGUUUGUAGACCCCUCUUCUUUGGAUAAUUUCCCUCCUACUCCAAAUAUUCCGGAGAUCAUGGCCCGGUUUCCGUGUUUGGAUGUACCUGCACCAUUUGUGAACUACUCGAAAGUGAUCGAACGCCAGUUAAAGUAUGAAUCACAGCUGUUGGGCUGGUUGGUGGUGGGAAUAAUUUCCCUUGCUGUCUUUCUGCUCCUCUGUAUGAAACACUGCUGCUCUACCCUUGGCUAUCAGCAGGAGGCGUACUGGUCCCAGUAUCGUUCCAACGAGCAAGCUCUAUUCCAGCGUACAGCUGAACUGCAUGCUAAAUACCAUGCUGCUGAAUGCGUCAAGAACUUCUUUGGAUUUGUGGCAUUGGAAAAUCAGGAGAAACAGGAUCUAGAAGACUGCAAGGAUAUCAAGAGCGUCAUUCCCAGACUGGAAUGGAACCGCAUCACUGGGGUUUACAUGUAUAGAGAGAUCGAUGACACUCCGGUGUAUAGCCGCUUAAACAAAUGGGACAUGUACUCAAAGGAGAACAACUGUUAGGCGAAUGAAAAAUAUUUUGUGGGUUCUCUUUUCAAUACCCAUUUAUUGUUUUUAAAUUGUUUAUUUUGUUCCUUCAUGGUAAACAUGCUUGAGUAUUAUGUCACUGAAGGCUAUAAUUCAGAUCGUUCAGGGUUUUUUAUUUAAAAAGGGUAAUAUGAUCUGAUUGAGCUUUGUAGAGAGGUGACUGGCAGCUUAAAUUGUCAUAUUUUGAAAAACGCACAAAAAAACUAUUUAGCAUCUGUUUUAUAAGACAAGAUGUACUCUCAGGUUGAGAUGACUUUAGAAACAAAUUUGUCAGAUGCACGUUUUUGUUCAUAACAAAACAAUGAAAUGAUGAAAAGUAUACUUUUCCAUAAAGAUGGAAAGAAUUGUUCAAAUGACGUUAUUAACUACCACUGACGUGUAAUUUAUGUCAUUUAAGAGCGUUAGCAGAUGUUCUUAUUAUGCAAAAUGACCUACAAAAGUGCAUUAGGAAUACACAGGAAACCACUGUGAUCAACAGAUGGCAAGCAUGCAAUUUGUAAUGCUAUCUACAAUGUAAGAAAUAUUGUACUAAUAGUAGACUGUUCAACUCAAAGCAGAUACAGCCUACACUCUUAAAGGGAUAAUUCACCCAAAAAUCAAAAUUUUGCCAUUAAUUACUCACCCUCAUGUUGUUCCAAACCUGUAAGACAUUUGUUUAUCUUUGGAGCACAAAUUAUUAUAUUAUUUUUGAUAAAACCCAAGAACUUUCCAACCCGACACUGAUGUGGAAGAGAAGAAAUUGUUGAAUAAAGUCGUUAUUUUGGUUUUCUUUGCACACAAAAAGUAUUCUCUUAACUUCAUAAAAUUAUGGUUAAACCACUGAUGUCACAUGGACUAUUUUAACAAUGUCCUUACUACCUUUUUGGCCCUUGAAUGUGGCAGUUCCCUUGCUGCUCUUGGAUUUCAUCAAAAAUAUCUUAAUUUGUGCUCUGAAGAUGAAUGAAGGUCUUACUGGUUUGAAACGACAUGAAGGUGAGUAAUUAAUGACAGAAUUUUCGUUUUGGGGUGAACUUUACCUUUAAAAAUAAAGGUUCUCUAUUGCCAUCUAUGGUUCCAUUAAGAACUGUUAACGUUUAAUUGCACAUUAGGUUCUCUGUAAUGUAUUGCUUUUAUUUUUCUCAAUUUUUACUUUAUUUUUCUUAAUGUUCUUCUUUCUCUCAUGCUAUAUGGUUAUGUAUGUAUGCAUAUAUGUACAUGUAAAGCUCCUGAAAUCCUCAUCAGAUUGUGUGUUGUGCAUACUUGGGAAAUAAAACUCA